CACACCUCGUGUUAUUAUCUUUAUUAUAUUAUUUAUCAGACAGUUGCUGCAGCAGCAGUAGUUUCACGUGCUCUCGUGUCGCAUUGUCUCGCCCUCGCUGUGUCACGCGACAGACGUUGUUGGGUUUGUUUUUUUUAAAAACAAUCUCAGAUUGAGACAGUUAAACAGGAUCUGCUGCAGUGUGUACUGCGGAGACAGACACAGAGACAAGAGACAGAGAGUCCACCGUCCUCCUCCUUCUCCUCCUGAAAACGGGGUCAGAUGAACGAGCUGGUGAGGAGUUUACCGUCCCCGACUCUGCCGGGACUGCACCUGCCGACGUGUCUGCUGCUGGACACACACAAGGGCUGGCUCUUUAAAUGGACCAACUACCUGAAGGGUUACCAGAGGCGCUGGUUCGUCCUCAGUAACGGCCUGCUCUCCUACUACAGGACUCAGGCAGAGAUGGCACACACCUGCCGGGGCACAAUCCCCCUAGCCACGGCGCACAUUGAGGUGGGGGACACCUGCCACUUGGUGUUGACCAGCGAGGGUCGACACUACCAUCUGAAGGCCACGUCAGAGGCAGAGUGUCAGCUCUGGGUCACGGCUCUGCAGCAGGCCAAGGCCAACGCCACGCUGCUGAUGCAUCACUCAGAUGACUCGGGAGAUGAAGGUCCUGUACCUCAGGAGGACCGGGCCCUAACCCAAGGGGUGCUCAAGACUCUGGCCGGCAAGCUAGAAGACCUGAGCACCUGUAAUGAGCUGAUCGGAAAGCACGGCGCCGCUCUCCAGCGUUCCCUCAGUGAACUCGAGGAACUGCGUGGAUCCGCCGACAACACAGACAAAGUGAAGGCAGUUAAUGAGCGCGCCACACUGUUCCGCAUCACCUCCAAUGCUAUGAUCAAUGCUUGUCGGGACUUUCUGGACGUAGCGGAAUCUCACAGCCGGCGGUGGCAGAAGGCCCUGCAGCAUGAGCGAGAACAGCGUCACCAUCUGGAGGAGACCAUCGAACAGUUAGCCAAACAGCACAACAGCUUAGAGAGAGCGUGGAGAGAGAACCCCGCCUCAUACACAGGUGUGGAGUGUUCUCGGGAAGGGGACGCAAGUGAUGAGAAUGAUGAGGCAGAGUUCUUUGAUGCCAUGGAGGAAUCCCCUGCAUUCAUAACUGUGACUGCGCGCGGUGAAAUACAGCACAAGCGCUCGGGGAGUAAUCAGAGUAUGAUGAGCGGAGGAGUGCCCACUGACUGGACUCACAAUGAGAAUGACACCUCAGGCACAAACCACAUACAGCUACGAAGAACGAGGCGCAGCCGUAUUCCUGACAAACCAAAUUACUCCCUCAACCUUUGGAGCAUCAUGAAGAACUGUAUUGGCAAAGACCUGUCCAAGAUCCCCAUGCCUGUGAACUUCAACGAGCCGCUGUCAAUGCUGCAGCGUCUUUCCGAGGAUCUGGAAUACAGCGAGCUUCUGGACCGGGCCGCUCGCUGUGACUCGCCUCUGGAGCAGAUGUGUCUGGUGGCUGCCUUCUCGGUCUCCUCGUACUCCACCACGGUGCGUCGCACGGCCAAGCCCUUCAACCCUCUGCUGGGGGAGACGUACGAGCUGGACCGGCUGGAGGAGUACGGCUAUCGCUCCAUCUCUGAGCAGGUCAGUCAUCAUCCACCAGCUGCUGCCCACCACGUGACCUCCCAGAGGGGAUGGACUCUGCGGCAACACAUCGCUAUCGACAGCAAGUUCAGAGGGAAAUAUAUCUCUGUCAUGCCAUUAGGAAACAUUCACCUGCAGUUCCACUCAAAUGGAAACCAUUACGUGUGGAGCAAAGUGACGUCAACGGUGCACAACAUCAUCGUGGGAAAACUUUGGAUUGAUCAGUCUGGGGACAUUGAAAUUGUAAACAACACGACCAAGGACACCUGCCGUCUCAAAUUCUCCCCCUACAGCUACUUCUCCAGAGAUGUGCCACGGAAAGUGACAGGAGUGGUAGAGGACAGAGAGGGCACAGCCCGCUACAUCCUCUCAGGAACCUGGGACGACAAGAUGGAGAGCUCUAGAAUAGUGGACAGCAGCCAGGGAUGCGGGGGCUCUGAAGGCAAACAAAAGACAGUUUAUCAAACUCUUCAGUCUAAACUGCUGUGGAAGAAAUACCCUCUCCCAGAUAAUGCAGAGAACAUGCACUUCUUCUCCUCGCUGGCGUUGACCUUGAAUGAGCCAGAGGAGGGCGUUGCGCCCACUGACAGCCGCCUGCGUCCAGACCAGCGGCUGAUGGAAGCGGGUUUGUGGGAUGAAGCAAAUGCCCAGAAACAGCGGCUGGAGGAGCAGCAGAGACUGGACAGGAAAAGGCGAGAGGCGCAAGCGCAUCAGGCACUUGAGGAAGGGCAAGACAUUGAGGGUUACCAGCCACUGUGGUUUGAGAAGAGGACAGAUGAAACAACGGGAGAAAAUACUUACAUCUACAGGGGAGGCUACUGGGAGGCUAAAGAAAGACAGGACUGGUCCCAGUGUCCUGACAUCUUUUGAGACAAAGAAAUUACCCCCUACACCAUGGCAUCUGACUGGUCCCUGCUGGUGUAAGGACGUGUGUGUGUGUGUGUGUUUUAGUGUGUGUGAAAAUAGCCCUCACUCCCAGAAUCGGAAGCACAAAUUUGUGUCCAGCCACAAAUUCCCCUUUUUCUCUGUUCUGUUGUAGCUCGUCUUUUCAGAAGCAUUGCUUCACUUCGCGCUCGCUUCAGCAGAGGACUCGUUCAUCAGUGAAAAUAUAGUUAUUCUGUGUGUGUGUGUGUAUGGGACUGGAAAAACAACAGCAUUUUCAUUUUUGCCUAGUGUGCGUUGGAAAUAAUAUCAGCAGGAAGCAGUGCUGCAAAUAUUUUGUUACAUGCAGUGGAUAUCCUGCUCUCCUCAAAGCUGGAACACAUUCUUCAUGCUGGACUCAGGCAGAGACAACAGGCUUUGAAAUGACCAUGAACAGGAUCAAACAUUCCUCCAAGACAAAAGGCCUUUUCACAGCAGAACUAAAUUUAUGGAUUAUUGGGGGAUUUUACUAUUCUAUUUCUUAAGAUUGGACAAACUGUAUUUUCAAGGAUAGAGCAGCUCUAGCUGUGAAAACCAAAGUAGAUGUCUUUCUCUUUGGACAGACAACUGACUGAAAACACCUUGCUGUUUUGUCAGCAACAACUGCACAUUAUCUUACAAGUAGGUUUCCGUUGCAUUUAAGGGUUAUUCAUUGAAGUUGCACAAGUUUGGUGAAUGUAGGAUCUAGACAUUUUUGGAGCUUGACGCAUAUUAGUGGAUAAAAGUCAGGAUAUAACUGACUCUGGCACAGCUAUUUCACCCACUCUUCUCCCUCUUUAUGGUAGUGCAACUGUAAACCUUGCCAUUUUAGAAAAACCUGGAAACUAAACCAUAAAUGCUCCACUUACUACCUACUGAGGCUGGAAGGGCGGUGCUUGAUGGUAGUUUAUAUUCUUAAUUGUGUAAGUACAUUUCCAAAGAACUAAGUCCCCAGUAACCACUCUGAGAUGUAAAGCAGCUUAUAUGGACACUUACAUGUAUAAUUCAGGGUCAGUUUUAUUUAACUUUCCUAAGAAUAUCAGGGUUCAUCGUCUUGGUAAGUGGCAACAAACUUGUUUACUCUAUUUGAAACAGUUAAAAUUGUGUAGCCCUAUCUAAAUUGUCUUAGGCUGAGUCAUAGUUGUGUGAAUCUGAUUUUUACACAUUAGUCCAGAGCCAGAAAACAUUAGGUUUUAAUAAUCAUGUGCAAAUAAGGAUUGUACAUUUGUAGUAAAUGUAGAUGAACAACAAUUAGCAUUUUUAUAAAUAUAGUUUUUAGCUUCCUGUAUAUUAUAAUAGAGCAUGGAGCACAUGUACUGCUGGAUUUGUUUUGGCCUGUAUAUCGCAAGAGUAUAAUACAAAUAGAUUCACCUAAAUUAUAGUUAUUGUUAGAAAAUAUUGUGUCGCAUUAACGUACAUUCACUUCAACUCUGUUUGCCUAUACAUUAUCUUAAAUGAGUGAAGAUUGUACACGAGUCAAUGCCAUGUGGGGAAACCUAAGUAAUGAAUAAACAGGGCAUUUAUAAGAAACAGUAUUAUAUACUAUGAAUAAUGCAAAUAAUGUGUUGCUCAAAUAAAGCACAAUAUCAUGUUUACAUGCAGGUGUUGAUUCAUGUUACAUAAAUGUACAGGUUUCCAGGGCAAUAUAUGUAGUAGCUGCAUGGUUUUAGAGUGCUUAGGCACUUAUAUCGUGAGAAGCCUCUUUACUUUGCUAAUUUCAUGUGGACUUUUGGUGAAACAUGCAAGUUCUCAACCUUGUGUGCCCAAAGGCCUAAAGAAGAACAGGAUGUUGAUCUCAAAUAAAACCAUUAAGCUGUGA